UGUUGCUGUAAGCCAAAAUGGAUAUGCUAAAUCAAAUAUUAAAUAUGAAUGCUGGCGGAGCCUAUGGGGGUGGCAAGGCUGGUGGAGCCUUCGAUCCACUGUCCUUUGUCAUGAAACCCCAAGUUGUGAUACGAGCCUUGUGUUGGCUCUUUUCAGUUGUCGUCUUUGGUUGUAUAUCCUCGGAAGGCUAUCGCGAAGAAGAUGGCAAAGAAGUGUGUCUAUUCAAUAAAGAUAAUAUGGCGUGUAAAUAUGGCAAUACCGUGGGUGUAUUCGGAUUUAUUGCCUCCAUAGCAUUUAUUGUGGGUGAAUAUCUGUUUGAGCGUAUGUCAUCGGUGAAGAGUCGAAAACGUUUCGUGAUGGCUGAUAUGGGAUUUUCGGCAUUUUGGGCAUUUAUGUACUUUGUGGCAUUUAUCUAUUUGUGGUCACAAUGGAGUUCAGCUGAAAUGCCACCCGGUGGCAUUGGUGCAGGCAAUAUGCAAGCCGCCAUUGUAUUUUCAUUGUUCUCCAUAUUUACAUGGGCACUGUGUGCUUUCUUGGCCUAUAAACGUUUCCUAAUCGGGGCCGGUGAUGAGUUUACAUCGGCCUUUGAAAAUGAUCCCGCCAAUGUGGUGCAUCAGCAGGCCUACACAAGUUAUUCCAUGGACAAUGAUAAUGACCAAUAUAGUGCUUCACCAUUUUCAGGCCAGCAAACGGGAGGCAUGGAACAGCAAGGCAUGGAAUACCAGCAACCCACCUAUUAGAUAUCAAAUUCAAAAUAGACAAAACUUCAAAAUAAUUUAAA